CACCGGGAAUUUUUUCUCUGUCAAUUUCUCUUCAACGAUCAAGACUAGCCAAUCCUUAUACACGUAACGAUCUCAUUGACGGCUAAGCAAUAUAACUCGACAUUGCAUUAAGAUCACGUAACAAAACGCACGCAGUCGUGUUUCAUCGUGCUAACAGAAUUAUACAAUAAAUUGAGAAUUAAAAAUGGUGACUGUGACUUUUAAAGUACUGAUUAACGUUUUGAUCGCGGUAAACAUUCCACAUUGUUAUUCAUGUCCAAUAGAAGACACACAAAUGGAAAUGAAGGCAGCUUACAAAUCCGGAGAGAUCCAUGAUCAAGAACCACCAAUAACGUUGGAGAAGAUCAAGACUAAACUAAAAGAGAGUGAGAUCUUCAAUUGGGAGGAUCCGGCUCUUACUGAGAGGGAGAAAAAGGAGAUGAAUAAGCUGUUUGAUGCUGUGGAGAUUAUGACCACCUCCCGCAACCGUCAGCCCUCUAGCGUUCAGAACAUGUUCUCCUCACUCCGCCUAGUUGAGAGGGUCGUCAAGAAACAGUUGAAGGAGGGACAGAUAUCUGAGGAACUCGCUAACAAAUUCAACUGGGAAAAACUAACCACCCGACAGAGGCGUGAAAAUCGACCAAUGUUUUACUUAGACAAAACUACAAAUAUGAGAAUGUUUAACUUACACUAACUUUAAGAUAAUUAUAACACUUUUACUUAUACUGAAUAACAUAGAGUGAAAAUGUAAUAAGGGCCGAUUUUUCCAACGCCAGAUAUCUUUUAACUCGUCGAGUACCGGUUUUGUAGACACAAUUAU